CCUUCAAUCACUUCAUCGGAAAAUACCGACUUGGAUAAUCUGCUUCUGAACAACAUCAUCAACGAUCAUCUUGACUUACUACCUACCUACCAUACUAAAACGAAAAAUAAUCCGCAUCACAUCUGCACUCCACCAACGCUUGAGUGCCUCACAGCCAAAAUGGCAGAACCCACCGGCCAACUUUCCUCGCAAGGCGCCAAGUCCGCCAUGUCCAACGACAUGAAAGAGCUCAACGAAGGGAAGGAACAUACAUCCAACGUGAUCAGGGGCCAUAAAGCCAAUCUUGCCAAUCCGAACACAAGCGAGGAAUCCAAACAACACAGCGAAAAGGUGAUUGAAGAGCUGGGCGGGAGCGGGACACAGGAGUCGUUGAGGAACAACCCUGUUAGUAAGAGUGCCGCGGAGGAGUUGUAUGGGAGUCGGGCUGCUGCUGGUUAAACCUUUGCUGGGGCGCGAUACGAUACAUAUUGUAGCAGCGAGUACAAGACAUGAGAUGAUGAAGGUACUAUGAAACGACAAAGGUUUUAUGAAAGUGAAGUCAAAACAAAAAAAAAAGGCAGACCCUUGUGGAUGGACGACCCAGGUGGGUGCAACAAACACAUUUGUGGACAAUACGCUUUUUAUAUUCCGAAUACUCGAUACCGAUCUGGGGCCUG